UUACAAGAAGUAGUAGUGUUGUAAUACUACGAUCGUAACACUGCUUCUCCUGUCUGUCACAUGUAGCAUAAUGAUGUUAUUAGCUAACGUCAGUUGAAUUUGUGGGCCAGGGGCAUAACAAGCAGGGCUAUGCUAGACUUUGGAUGGUGCCGACAUCCAAGUUUUCGUUGUUUUCUGUAGUCACAGCAAGGGACCUCUGGGUUUGGCCUUCAGGCCAUCCCAUACAUCAGCAAGAGAAGAAUGGUCAAGUAUUUUGCUAAUAACACAGACAUCAGGAGCACAUGGGACCAUGUUGUCUCUGCUUUCUGGCAGAGGUACCCUAACCCAUUCAGCACCCAUGUUCUCACAGAGGACGUUGUGUAUCGGGAGGUAACUGCAGACCACCGUCUUCUCUCCAGACGCCUCCUGAUGAAGACCAAUCGGCUGCCUCGCUGGGCGGAGCGGAUCUUCCCCCCCGGCAUGUCUCGCUUUGUGUACAUCGUCGAGGACUCCAUCUUGGACCCCGUCAACAGGACCCUAACCACCUACACCUGGAACCUCAACCACACCACUCUCAUGUCAGUUGAAGAGCGCUGUGUUUUCCAAGACUCAGUGGAACAGCCAGCCACCACCCAGCUGAAACGGGAGGCAUGGAUAUCCUCGAGUGUUUAUGGCUUCUCCAGACCUAUUCAGGAGUUUGGAUUGGCCCGCUUCAAGAGCAACCAGGUGAAGGCUAUGAAAGGGCUGGAAUAUGCACUGUCAAGUCUACAGGGAGAGACGCCCCAGCGGCUGCUCAGGGACACAGUGAAGGACGCAUCAGAGAAGGCCAGAGAGGCAGCCAAGAGCCUGGCUUCAGCCGCUACCGUCCCGCAGAAAUCCCAGCAAUACGUCUGACUGGACCAUGUGUGGAGUACUGUACAGGUGACAUGAACGCAACACAGCAGCGGUUAAUCAUCUCAACUUGACUGAAGUUUUGUUAGGAUCCGAUUACUCUUUGUUUUCUGUCUGUUUAUUUCUCAACUGUCUGUUUUCUGUUUUGCUCUCACCCUUCAUCACAUCUCAGGUCUUGAGCCUUGACACCUGUGUGAACGUUCAGCAGCACCUUUUAAUGUUGUUACUACAGGUGUAAAUACAAAAUUUGGCCAGUGAGUCUAGGCAUAUUUAAUAUUUUUAAUCUACUGUUGUAGACUAUUGUGUAAUGCUAAUCAGUCUGUGUGCUUUUCUUUUCUUUGUGUUUCCUGCACAGUGACCAUAUGUUCUCAUACAGUGUAACCUUUUACCAGUUUAUCAUAUUUAUUAAUUAUCAUUUAUCAUGUUCAGUUCAAGUACAGUGGCAAGAAUAAAUAGGCAAACCCUUUGAAAAUGUGGUCAGAUCUUCAUCUAAGUUACAGUUACAAAUAAACAAUCGAUUUUAACACCCAAACUAUUGUACUGUGAAUACAUUCACAGUGUCGACAAAUAGUUUGAAACACUUCUGGGGUCUUAACAGGAAAAACAUAUAUCAAAAACGUAGAAAAGGUCAAUCUUGUCCAUGAGUGGAAUGUCAAAACCACUAAUUAAUGAUUCCACCUACCUGUAUCAGGCCCCUCACUCAACACAGAAUCAUUGUGUGGAAUCAUUAUUUAGUGGUUUGAGUUCACUGUGUGUCCAGACAUCCUGAAGAAGGCCAGUGUGAUGAUACACGCUGAUGUAUUUUAUAAUGUGUUGGCCCAUAUUUAAGACAUUUUGUUAUCAAUCAUUCACUUGAGUGCAUAAAUUGGAUUGUUUUCUCUGCCAUAUCUCACUCAUUUCCCAUAUAUUUGACAUAUUCACAGUGUGCGCUGGAAAAAGUAUGUGAACCCUUAGGCUAAUGACAUCAAGCACUAGUCGGCCUCAGGAGUUAAAAUUUGAGAGCAGCCAGUUGAAAAAAGAUUGGAGUCAGCUCGUAAAGUUUAGAUGUUCCUCAGUCCAGAGUUGGACAAAAUGUCUUGUGAGUGGAAAUGAUUUAGUGCUGUGACUUCUGUUUGUAGAAACUAAGAAGGCUCCAAAGGCAUAAUGCAGAAUGUUCAGUGAGGUUUAAGUGUCACAGCUCCAGGCUUAAAGGAAACACUGAAGCUAGUUAACAUCUCUGCUUGGGAAUACCAUAGCACAAAUCAUUGACCAUGCCAGAACACCAUUCUCCAUGUCAUUGCCCUUCAAAGAAAAAUGUCACUGUAGCAGAAAGUUUCCAAAGAGCACGUUAACACUUCCCAACACUACUGGGAAAAUGUUUUGUGAACUGGUGAAACUAAGGUUGAGUUGCUUGGAAAAGAAUACACAAGGGUAUGAAAAGGGCACUGUAUACAACAUCAAAACGUCAUCCCAACAGUGAAGCACAGGGGGAGGGAGCAUCAUGAUUUGAGGCUGGACAGCUUGUUGUCAUCCAAGGCAAGUUUAUCAAGGUGUCUUAAGGAUAGUGUCAGGGUGUGUCAGCUGAAGCUCAAUAAAAGAUGGAUGAUGCAGCAGGACGGUGACCCUAAAUAUUAAAGUAAAAACUGUGUGCACACUAAGAAGUGAGCAUGCAUUUAUACACAUUCUGGGCCAGAUGCACAAACAAUGUGUACACACAAAAACCAUGCAUACGUCUGAGUGUAUUUUUAAACACAUGCGUUUAUGUUGGCCCGAUGAAUUUUGAUCUUGUUUCUUUUGCCUUAAUGGCACUUUCCAGUUUUUCAUUUUAGACUUUACUGUAAAUGAUUCUGUUAACUGUUGAUAUUAUUGUCAUUAAUUUAUUUUUGUUUAAUGAUGAUUGUAGCUUAACAAUAGGUCUUUACAAGUGUAUGAUUGAAUUACAACGCUCUCUACAUAGCUGCAGCUGUGCAUAAUGGUCAUACGUAGGGACGACUGUUCUGAAGUUAUUGGUGGGUUUUGACAAUGCCGGUUGUGUGGCUAAAAUUGCAAUGCGUUCAUCUGCUGUAACUAGUGCGGGAGGUCCUGUUGUUGUUGCCCUUAUGCGCUUUGUGCACACAUAUGCGCUUUUCUGACUGACUGAGGUUUAUAAGACAGAACCGGGCGUACGGUGCGUCUUUAUGAAUCUGACGAAAACGAUGCGUACGCUCACUUCUGUCUCAGUGCGUACACACAGUUUUAGUCAUGAGUCUACACAGAGUUUUAUGCAUGUGGCUCCAGGCUUCCACAGAAUAUGGCCCAAUAUGGUUCCUCCUGAACGUUGUGCAGGUCUGAUCUGCAGCUGCUGAAGCGCUGGCUUGAGGUUAUUGCUUCCAGACGGGUUCAACCAGUUACUAAAUCCAAGGGUUCACUUACUUUUACCAGUCGCACCAUGAAUGUGUAACUGGUGUGCUCAGUAAAGACAAAAGAUAAAAAGAUUUUGUGCGUUUUUAGUUUAACCACAUUGUGUUUGUCUGUAGUUGUGACUGAGAUAAAGGGAGAAGAGUUCACAUACCUUUUCUUGGUGUUGUACAUUGUUAGGCUUAGGGUUUUGUUGCAAUCUAAAGUUCACAUUAGACAAAAUUCUAAUACUAUGAUUGUGUGGUUUUAAUUACACAUGAACAAAGGACAGAUUAUAACUGAACAUGCACGUAGGGGUUAUUUCAGGACUGAAACAUAUUGUAUAAUAGUUCCUUCCCUUUUCAGUUAUUCAUUAAUUUUUCACUUUCUGGUUUUGAGGCUGUAAUAAACAUCUCACUUUCAAACAUAUUAAUACACAUUAUGUCAUUACUAGAGUCAACACACAAUGUAUUGUGUAGUAUUGCACGCGUAAAUAGAAAGUUUUGUGAAAAUGCUACUAGAUAAGUCACUGUCAGUACGACCUGCAGCGCAGCAGCUAAGGUCCAAAGUUACCAAAGUGACUUAGAUCAAAAAACAGUGACAGAUUUACUGUGUAAUGUGAUUAACCUUUAACUGUAUGAAUGUGAGAGUAGAUCAUUUCAGUCUGCCUGUUAUAUGAAACUUAACCUCUGAAGCACUUUUCAAUGAUUGCAUUCCCUGUGAGGUGCAGUUGCUGGAUUUUUCUGCUAAAAGACCUGAAUUUUAGUUCGAAAACAAUUCAUGUGAUGUUAUUUUGACUUGUUUAACAUUAAGCCUUUGUAAUAGUGAGUUCAUGUAUAUUUGUUUUUCCCAGGUAUUAAGAUAAAAAACAGAAUCAGUUAGAUUUUCAGUUGAAGAUGUUUUGCGCCAUAUCCAAAAACAGUUUCAACCAAAUUCUGCAUUUCAUAUCCAGUGUUUGGAGUCUGUUUGUUUUAUCUUUGUCAAAUUGAGCUUUAAUAAAACCUCAUAA